AUGAAGGAACGCCUCUUGCUUGGAUCGGCUUGCAGCCAGAGCGGCACCCAAUUCUGUGCCAAGCAACCUCACGCGACGCUAUGCGUCAUCGACGGCAACGACUUCCGCUGCUCAUGCGUUCGUGGCUAUGACCCCGUCGGCGUGAAUGCCUCUUCGGCUUGUGUAGAUAUUGACGAGUGCGUGUCAGGGCGACACGAAUGCCCUGCGAAGCUUGCAAAUUCUGUGUGCGUGAACACCGAAGGCAGCUACGACUGCAUUUGCGACCAGCAUCGUCGCCUCAGCGGAACAGUCUGCGAGGAUAUCAACGAAUGCAUCGAUAAGACAGACAACUGCGGCCGAUUUACCGAAUGCAUCAACCGGGACGGAGAGCCUCCCCUCUGCAAGUGCAUCGACGGAUACGCAGGCAACGACGACCAACCCGGCACCGAUUGCACGGAUGUUGACGAGUGCUCUCAAGAAGGCGCGGAGAGUCUCUGCCCGGAUAACGCAGACUGCAUCAAAACUGUCGGCUCGUACCGAUGCGAGUGCCACCCGGGAUACCAGAUGGCUGAUGACAACAUAUGCGAACAAGUGGACCUCUGCGGAACUGGGCAACACAACUGCGACCGGUAUCUGGCCGAGUGCAUUCAGACUGGCGGCACCGUAACGUGCCGAUGCAAGGACUUCUUUAUUGGAUCUGGAGAGACGCACGACUGCGUGGCACUGUCGGGGUACGAGCAUCUGGCGUGCUACUUGCUAAAUGAGAAGUGCUCUUCGUACGAGCAAUGCGUCCGCAGCACUAGCACACGGAAGUACGGCUGCGAGGACAAGGGGUUGACAGACCAACUGGGGGUGUUCUUCUCGCAAGGAGGAACCGCCGACACGCCUUUCUGGAUAUGGGUAGUGGUCACCCUUGGAGUCUUCUUCAUCGGAUUUGCCAUCUGGAUCUUUGUCGGUCGUAUGAUAAGGAAGAAGGAAAAAUCGGACGAGGACCAGGCAGUCGCCGUUGACAACGUAUAUGCCUAUGGCUACGGCGCGAUGGAAUACUACAGCUGA